AUGCCCAAAUCUUUUUUAGGCAAUUCUGCUUUGGAUAAUGCUGUUGCUGGAUUCACUGCGGGUGCUGUUUCCACGAUAAUUUUACACCCUUUAGAUUUGGUAAAGACAAGAUUUCAAGCCGAUGAUUCGAUUAAAAGUUUAAAAGAACGUCAUUUUGGUGCUACGUUCAAUACAUUGAGGACAAUUGCUCGUAAAGAGGGUCUUAUAGGACUCUAUCGUGGUGUUUCACCAAAUUUGGCUGGUUCAACGGCCAGUUGGGGACUUUAUUUUUAUUGGUACGAUUUAAUAAAGCAAUGGAUGGCUAAUGGUGAUAAAUUAACAAAACUCUCCGCUGCACAACAUCUAUUAGCAUCGGCUGAGGCAGGUGCUAUAACGGUUUUCAUGACAAAUCCAUUUUGGGUGGUUAAGACACGGAUGUGCGUUACAAAUCGUAAAGAUCCGGAUGCGUAUAAAGGAUUAAUAGAUGGUCUGUACCAAAUAGCAAAGUAUGAGGGAAUUCGAGGCCUAUAUAAAGGGUUGAUUCCAGGAUUAUUAGGAGUUUCUAAUGGAGCUGUACAUUUUAUGUUUUACGAGGAAAUGAAAAAGUGGAGAUUAAAAAUUGCACCUGAAAAAGAUCGUGAACGAUUGGACAACAUUGAAUAUAUUUUAGUGGCUGGGUCUUCGAAAACAAUAGCUAUUGUAGCAACAUAUCCUUAUCAACUAAUUCGCACAAGAUUAAAUAAUCAAAAAUUUGUUUUCAAAUAUAAUGGUGUAAUUGACACGAUAAAGAAGGUUUACAGUGCUGAAGGGUUUUUAGGAUUUUAUAAAGGGUUGGCUCCAAAUAUAUUGAGAGUUCUUCCAAGCACUUGUACAACAUUUUUAGUUUAUGAAAAUAU